CGUAUCGGUUCAGUUAUCGGAUAGAAUAUCGGAAAUCCAAGACUACCGUUGGGUUAUUGGCUCAAAGGAAUAUACUAUCCAAGAAGCAUUCGCGUUACUCGAUAAGCGUUUAGAUCAAGAAGAGCAUGAAGAGCGUCGUUGUUUGUUAUACGAUUACAUCAAUGGUGAAUACCAACUAAGUGCGUAUGAAAGCCGGGUAUUCCAAGAGUCAAUUUAUAUGUAUAACCAAACCAAGAAGUCUAUCGAGGCAGAUGAUGUGAUUAGUCCGUUCUCUAACUGGUUAACAAGUUUUCAAGUAUCGAGUCUAGACAAUUUACUUCGUGUGGUCCGUACUCAGGAAGACGAACUCUUUAUGGAAUGGAAGAUAGCGUAUCGCUAUAAAGGUGACUAUCGGAGAUAUACGUUUCUGGUAGAUAAAUGGCGAAUGAUAUCGCGUCGUAACGAAAUGUUAGCUACUGAAAUACAAGAAUUGUAUGACUUAUUGUCAGAGCCACCAGCGGGUGACAACUUCGAGCUUAAUCCUUCGGCUUCCUCCUCAAUCGGUUCAACGUCUUUGUGGUAUCCAAAAAUGGGACGUGCCUUGUCAAGCACAAAUACAGCUUCCAUAACACCAACAUUUAAAAAGAAUAGUAAAAAAACACGACGACUAAAUGAUUUCUUUACCUUGACAAAAUUAGUAUUUACAACGGUGCCUUUUUUACUGUCAUUGUUUAGCACAGUGCAAGCAUCGACGACGGAAAAUAUACUACAUAAACGAUACUCGGCAAAUGCAUUAUGUCCACUAUUAGGAGUUGGAGAAAAAUAUUGUAAACCGACAGUAAAUCAAACUUUUACUUCCUUAGAUUGGAUACUAUUCGCAUGGAAUACUCUUGCGAGUCCGUUUCCGGUUGAGGGAGCAUUAGAUAUUUAUCUGCGUCGAACUCAAGGAACCAAAAUUGUGGAAAGCAGGCAACAUGUUUCCAAUAACUUGGGUCAACUUUCGUUUCAGCCCCAAAGUUACUGGUUUGAACCGUAUGAUCCACAAGCAAACAAUACUUUUGAAUUCUUUUUUGUCGCUACACCGUUAAACCAGAAUCCUGAUGACUUAACUGAUAGCGGACCUAAAUUUUAUAUUACACAAUUACCUCCAUCGACUCAGUCACCAUCAGCCGCUAUUGUUACUGUAUCAGCACCGACCAUAACCACAACAGCAUCUUUAGGAUUGGAUAAUGGUUCACAAUUCGACUCGUCAAAACACUCUUCAGUCACCACCCCGAUAAUUGUCAUAAUAGUGGUUGCCGGAUUUUUAUUGCUUGUUGCUAUUGCUGGAUUGGCGUUCGUCAUAUUGACGAGAUCGAGAAAUAAAAAGAAGCGACCUCAAAGUAUUUCAAAUAUUUCAACAUCUUCAAAUAUCCCAAUUAUGGUUCAAACGAAUUUCCUUGACAAAGACAAACAUAAAAGCGGUGAACCGGAAUCACCAAUUGAGGCAUCGUCAAUAUAUUCCACGACUCCAUUGGCGACAAAGAAUAGCAUGUCGAGUUUAAGUCAAAAAUUGGCCGGCGGAAUUGAAUCUAAUUUGUUACAGCAUCAACAAUCACCUGCAUUUGAUGCGGCAAUGAUUUCUGAUGCGUAUCGACAAACAUUGCUGGCGUCAAAUCAGAUUGAUGUAGUAGUUAUGAGCACCCAACACCAACACUUUUAUCCCGGAGAAGCUUUAAAAUCUUCGCGAGACAUGAAUGCCUCUAUUAAAAAGAGGGAAGCUUUGCUCCACGUGUACCAAAUACUUCGCCCCAUGGAUAUCCAAGGAUCAAAAAGUAUCAAUCCUCCUAUUGAAGUUCACAAAGCUCAACCUGUCAAGGGAAACCUUGACCGAUCCUCUGACACGGAAAAUUUCUU